CCUAAACAGCUCUAUGCAGUAUCUUUCGUUAAAUACCAUAAAGGGCCUUUGGGUAGUGUGGAUCGACCUUUGCUUGCGGUUACCACAAAACAUUCCCGACAUCAUUUCGGACGCCAUAACGGCUGCUAAAGCUCUUGGUUACAAGUGGCUAUGGGUGGACAAAUACUGUAUUGACCAAAAUGACCCGGGCGAUAAGCACCAUCAAAUCAACCAGAUGGAUGCAAUAUAUGCAGGAGCGGAUCUUACCAUCGUCGCCGCUCUCGGGGACAGAUUACCUGGGGUGGGAAAGACGCCAAGAAAACGCCAGCCAGUCGUAAGGAUUGGAAACACUGCAGUAGUUUCUUCUAUGGGUCACCCACAUGAAACUAUAAGGUCUUCAAAGUGGUCUACGAGGGGGUGGACAUAUCAAGAAGCCGUACUGUCACUACGAUGUUUAGUUUUCACGGACGAACAGCUAUAUUUCGAAUGCAGGUUUAGGCAUUUUUACGAAGCUAAGUCACACGGUUACCUCGGCAUGAUUUCGAACGAAGAAUGGGAAGCAAAGACGAAGCUACCCCAGCGCACAGGCUUAUUUUCAGGCGGCCGCGAUUUUACGGACCUCUAAUCCCCUGUCCCAAAAUCAUUGGAAUUUCAGUCACAUAUCGAGGAGUAUUCUAAGCGAGUGUUGAGCUAUGAAGAAGACUCGCUCAGGGCAUUUGUAGGGAUUGCGAGAUACUAUGAGAGGUCUCCGGAAAUGCGUGAGUUUGGCGUGCAUCAUCUGUGGGGAGUUCCCUUUCUAAGCGGACUUUCAGCGAAAGAGAAUGCUUAUACGUCUCUCCUGUCUGGAUUACUAUGGACAAACUAUCAAGGACUAGGGACUAGACCAAAUCGUAGAUCAGAUUUUCCCUCGUGGUCAUGGACCUCAUGGAGUGGUCCUCGCGGUUUCCACAUCCGCUCAGUGCCCGAUUUUGAAUCCCUCUCUUCUCAUAUCAAAGAUGUCUAUCUAGAAUGCCAGCCAGGCUGUCUUACGGAAUUCAGCCACUUUCUCCAUAC